AUGUCUUGGAACGUUGCUCGGUUCAACAAGGAUAAUUUACUGGACGAUUCAGAUGAUGAGUUUGGAGAGAUUUUGUUAUAUUUUGCUUGCGAGGAAUAUAAUCAAUUAUAUCUAUCUAAGCAACCUUGUAGAAAUUCAGCUCUUUCAGGCCAUGAAUACGUUAUGGAAGUGUUGCAUGGGCAUUGGAGUAGGUGUUAUGAUUUGUUCAUAACGAACAAAGAUGUCUUCAAACUAUUUUGUGGUGUUCUAAAAGAAUUUUUUUUAUUAAAGAACUCACGAUAUCUGUCUGUUGAAGAACAAGUGGCUAUGUUCUUAUUUGUGAUUGGCCAUAAUGAACGACAUCGUGUGGUUGCUAAACGAUUUCAGCACUCCAUCUCAACCACAUCUCAUUAUUUUAGGAAGGUUUUAAAGGCAAUACGUCGUCUAGCCAAAGAACUAAUUACUCCACCUUCAUUUGAUGUAACUCCUCCACAAAUUCGAUUCGAUCCAAGAUACUAUCCAUUUUUUAAGAAUUGUGUUGGAUCUAUAGAUGGGACUCAUAUUUCUGCGCAUGUUCCAAUUGAUGAACAAAUACCAUAUCGAGGUCGGAAAGUGGAUACAACUCAAAACGUUAUGUGUGUAUGUUCAUUUGACAUGAAGUUCACAUACGUUGUUCCUGGAUGGGAAGGAUCAGCUAAUGAUGCACGAAUUCUUCUAGAAUGUGCCACAAACCCAGAUUAUGGAUUUCUAAUGCCGCCCCAAGGAAAAUAUUAUCUUGUUGAUUCUGGUUAUACAAACAUGCCUGAUUUUCUUUCACCAUAUCGAGGAGAAAUGAUUCACAAUUUUAUAAGGACAAAUGCAGAAGCAUAUGUAUAUUUUGAUGGAGGUGAAGGAAAUUCUGAAGUACAGGCCACUACUUUACAAAGCACGGAUAGAACUUUGACUGAUAGUGUAGAGUUCAGUAUUUCUAGAACUCAUAUAUGUGAAAUGGCUCAUGUUCGUGAUCAAAUUGCUGAUCAUAUAUGGAGAGCUAGUCGACGAUAG